UAGAUGGAUUGAUUAUUAGUUAAUUUGUAAUCAUAUUUUAGCUUAGUUAUUGAUGGUUUUCUUUCUUUUUCUUUGUUGUGUGGAUUGAAAAAUUACGAUGCAUCGAAUUUUAUUAAAAUUAUUCAUCCUGUUUGCAUUUUGUUUUGGAACAAUUUUUCUUGCCGAAUCAUUGGAUGAUUAUCAACCGAAUAAUAAUGAUCUAUGUGAUCGUUUGAUAAUUAAAAUGUUAAUAUGGCCUUGUGAUUGUCAACCUGAUCAGCCAAAUCGUUUAACAUGUUCCGGUUGGUUUGUAUCGAAUCGAUCAUUGAAAAAAUUCGAACAACAUAUAACCAGAUUAUUAGAUAAUGAAUCAUUAAUUUUACCAAUUUUAAAACGUUUAUUCAAUGGAUUUAAUCAAAUUGAAAUAUCCGAUACGAUGCUUACCGAAUUUAAUAUUAAAAAUAUUACAAAUCUUUUUCCAAUUACGGAUUUCUAUUUUGAUUCAAAUCGUUAUCUGAGCAAAAUCCGUUUAGGUUCAAAUAGAUUAGAAUUGAAUAAUUUUAUUAUUAAAAAUAUGCCAAAUGUCGAUAUUGAAGAGUAAAAUAUGUAAACGUUUUGUUUUAAUCAAAUUUUAAAUAAA